GACCGGCAGAGAGCGGGAGGUGGCACAUGCAAGGUGUUGUUGUUGUGCUAAGAGAGGACCCAAUGACUUUGUGUUGACAGCAGAAGUGUUCAGGAUACAGCAGGUCUUUUCAGCAAUCCUUCCGUUCAGCCUCAACAAGCAAAAGAGGACGUGUAUCAUCAGGAAAGAUGUUUUUUGUGGCGGGGGCCAAAAAUACAGCAGGAGCAGGCAGAGGAAAUGAAAGAAGGUCAAUCUACCAGAAAUUUCGUGAGGUAGAUUUAUUGGACAAGAAGAAGACAGUGACAGCUCUAAAGCCAGGUGAAGAUCGUGCCAUUCUCCUGGGACUCGGAAUGAUCCUCUCUUCAGUCAUGAUGUACUUUGUCCUGGGGAUCACUAUAUUACGCUCCUAUGCAGACAGUGUGUGGACAGAGGAGGGUGUGUGUGUUGUACUCAACUCCACGGUCACAGCAGACAUGAACUGUUCCUACAACUGUGGGUCAGACUGCUGGAGAGUCUCCAAAUACCCCUGUCUGCAGGUCUACGUGAGCGUCAAUAACACGGGCCGGGUCAACCGUUUAUCUCACAAUGAGGAGACCCAGGACAUCAGCUCUGAAUGUUUCUACGUGCCCAGGUGCCAGAAGGACAGCGUGGCCAUGCACGUCAUGAUUAUGAACAUCUCCGAGCAUCUGAAGGUAAACCAGAAGGUCCCCUGUUACUACGACCCCAGCGAGCAGCAGGAGAUGGUUCUUCUGACACGGCUGUACGACCACAGUGUCGUCUUCCACUCGCUGCUCUGGCCCUCCUGCAUGCUAAUGGGAGGGGCCCUCAUCAUCGUGAUGGUGAAGCUCACGCAGUAUCUCUCCAGGCUGUGUGAAGAGAUAGGGAAGAUCAAGAGGUGAAACACGUGCAGCAAGCAUACGGUCGUUUGGUGAUGGACAUAUGACAUAAAAGGGAUAGUUUGAACCAAAUUACCUUACUGUGACUUUUUGCAAACUUUCUUUUUCUGCUGAGACAUUUGGAACAGGCGACUUUGUCUCCAGAUGGAGGAUGUGACUGUUUGUAAAAGUGAACUGAAUGUUCCAGGGCAGAAACUGGCUGUUAUACAGGGGGAAACUAUAAGACUGGAUUUUGCAUGGUGUUAAAUAAUUGGAAAAUGUUGAUGGAUUGUUUGUUUACAAGAGUUUGUUAGACUUGUAAUCUUAAAUAAAUAUGGUAUAAAAUGAGCAUGAGCUUGCUAUGUCACAUAUGAUACACAUAAAAAAACCAACCUGUAUUCAAAUCAACAGUAGAAAACACUGCUAUCUGUUCAAAUUUGUGCUCUGUUAAUGUUGGGGAACAACUUUGAGAACUUUGUCAAACGUUCCUAUAUUUUGAUGAUCACAAGUGAUUUUUCACAGUUUUCUGAAACAAUGUUUUUAUUUAAUAUCCACUAUCCCAACGACCAAAUAAUAUGUUUAGGGUUCUCAUAAUGAAAUGUCUUUCAUUAAUUAACGUAAGGUGUACAUAACCUGACUUGAUUUUUUUUGGUGGUCAUGACGGAAAAACUUUUCUGUUUAUGUAGCUAGCUCACCAAACUACAAUGAACAUAUAAUGGCCUAGUAUUUAAAACACUUUGCACAUUCUUUGAAAAAUUGAAUUUAUUGAGAUGUUACAACAGAAUGUAUGUAUAUACUUGCAGAUUUAUUGGAAAAACUUACCUAGGCUUACCAAACAAAGCUUAAGGUCAAACUAAUAAAUUCUGUUCUCAGGUUCCAGGGUCACAAAUUCAACUGCAGGUCAUGAAAAACAAAUCGCAUGGUGAUUUUGCAGUGGUACUCUACCAAGCAAUAUGGUUAUUUGUGAUCACACGUUGUUGCCCUACAGCAGAAAUAAAAGAUCAUCUACCCAGGGUAUUUGUGCUCUAGAAACCACACAAAGAGCAAGACUGCACAAUCUUACAGUUGUUUGCUAUUUUGAAGAUAGAAAAAGCUUCAAAAAGUUUUCAUCGGCAUCAAAACACACAAAGGACCUGCUGCUGAUUGACUGAUGGUGGCCAUGGUUUUGGAGAAUAUGCCUGUCCUAGAAUGUAUGACUGUCUGUACAAGGAUA